AGGCCAUUUGGGUAAUGGUGAUACAUUUGGCCCAAUUUAUAGGCUACAGACUAUUAUCCAUAUAGGAGUCAUAGUUUAGAUCUGGUUUGUGGGUGAGAUAUUUGUGUAGGUAGCCAUUGCCGUCGACGGAUGCGAAGAAGAUGCAAGGUGGAGCAACGGGAAUCGGCUAUGGUCUCAAGUAUCAGGCGAGAUGCAUUUCGGAUGUGAAGGCGGACACAGAUCAUACCAGUUUCCUGACCGGUACGCUCAGCCUCAAAGAAGAAAACGAGGUGCAUUUGCUGAGGCUUUCGUCUGGUGGGAAUGAGUUGAUCUGUGAGGGUUUGUUUUCGCAUCCGAAUGAAAUCUGGGAUCUCGCUUCUUGUCCUUUUGAUCAGCGGAUUUUCUCCACAGUAUUCUCUUCCGGGGAAACAUAUGGAGCAGCAGUGUGGCAAUUCCCUGAGUUGUAUGGUGAGCUGAGUUCUCCUCAAUUGGAAAGUAUUGCUUCUCUGGAUGGGCACACUGGAAAGAUUAGGUGUGUACUCUGGUGGCCUACUGGAAGGCAUGAGAAGAUAGUUAGCGUUGAUGAGCAGAAUUUAACACUAUGGAACUUAGAUACUUCAAAGAAGACUGCCCAGGUUCAAUCACAAGAAUCAGCUGGUAUGCUUAGUUAUUUAAAUGGUGGAGCAUGGGAUCCCCACGACUUCAAUACCAUUUCUUUAACAUGUGAUUCAUCAGUUCAAUUUUGGGAUUUGAGGACCAUGAGGAAAACUGAUUCAAUUGAGCAUGCCCAUGUCCGCAAUGUAGACUAUAACAUGAAAAAGAGGUACAUGCUUGUAACAGCUGAAGAAGAGUCCGGCAUUCAUAUAUGGGACCUUAGAAAGCUUAAGUUCCCAGUAGCAGAUCUCCCUGGACAUUCACACUGGACAUGGAAUGUGAAAUGCAAUCCUGAGUAUGAAGGCUUGAUACUGAGUGCGGGAACUGAUUCUGCUGUAAAUUUGUGGUUGGCUUUGCCGCCCACCCCGAAUGAUUCAGGACACGAGAGUCUGAUAGAGUCAACAAACCGGACAGUCGAACCAUUGCUCAAUUCUUUUAACGACUAUGAAGACAGUGUUUAUGGUCUCGCUUGGAGUUUUAGGGAGCCAUGGAUGUUUGCAUCAUUGUCUUAUGAUGGAAGAGUGGUGGUUGAAUCAAUAAAGCCUUAUCUCUCUAGAAAAUGAUAAAAACAGUAAGUGCAAAUUUAGAGCCGACAUAUCUUUAACAAUAUCCUCAUUCACUUUUGCCUUUCUUUCUAAUAUUAAACAUUAGUUGGUUUUGAUCCAUCCCAACCUGCUGAGACAAAUCUUGAUUGCCUGUUUUGGAAUUUACCCUGUUUGUUUGUAAGAUGGGAUUUUCUUUUACACACAUACACACACAGAUUCCCAUUUCUAUCCAUCUUUAAUCCAUCCUCUGCUGCUCUGCUCUGCUGCAUUGACAUUAUAUGCAAGUUGAAUUUUAUGUUAUUUCUCACUUGCACAUGGGGAGUUUGUUGGACAUCAAUCAUAUCAUAUACUCUUAUCCUCUGAAAUGUUUAUUUAUUUUUAUUUAUUUAUGGUCUGAAUA